AUGUGGGACGGAUUAGUAGGUAUAUGGGCAACACAAGAGUGGAAAAGGAAAUCUAUUGCGGGUAAAAAUAAUAGGGCUUCCAAACCUGAUGCUAUGGUGCACACUGGAGGGUCAAGAAGCUUUGGACGACACUUAAGAAAAAUGGAAGCAGAGCAUAAACGUCCUAUUUCUUAUGGUGAAUUGUACAACAAAGUUCAUAAAAGAAAAGAUGGUGAAUAUGUCUCUAACAAAGCCAAAAAUUUCAUUGAAUCAUAUGAAAAUGCUAUGGCUGAAAAGUAUGGGGAAGACGCAUCAAAGCAUCCUAUAGUUGACACUGAUGUUUGGACACAAAUUUCUGGUGAAAAUAAGAAAGGUCCCUCUACCACACCUGUUAGAGAAGACAUCACUACAUUAGCUACACAAAUGUCUCAAAUGCAAGAACAGAUGCAGUCACAAUUGAAUCUACAAACACAAUCCCAAAUGCAAUUGCAGACACAACUACAAGCACAGAUGGAGGCACAAUCACAAUAUAUGCAGGCACAAUUGAAGGCACAAGCUGAUAUGCAAGCACAAAUGCAGGCACAAAUGAAGGCACAAGCAGAAAUGCAAGCACUUUUGCAACAACAAAUGCAGGAACAAAUGCAGGCACAAAUGCAGUUUUUGAGGAAAGAGAUAUUACCUGCCUUAAAGAUUCCAUCACCAUCAUCAGUCAAAAAACCUGGGAAGAAUCAAGAAUGAAAAUGUUGAAUUCUAGUUUUUUUUAUUUACAUUAGCAUUGUUAACUCACUUGAAGAGUUUUAUUAUAUUAGUUGGUAUUGAGUAUUUUUAUUAUGUUAGUUGGUACUGAA